AUGCUUCCAAUCCAUUCAACUGUAAGACUCCGCUCAAACUUGGAAGUAGAUACUGGUGAUGAUGAAAGUGAACACGACCUUUCUGCGGCCGUCGCGAAAGCGUCGGAAUACUUGAAAGAGGUUGGAGGGCUUGCCUCAAAGUUCGAUGAAAAGGAGUUUUUACAAGACACGAAUCUACAACACGCGAUUCUCGGACUGUUGUUCGGUGAAAUGCUCCACCUAGCACCACUGUCAACUCCUCGAUCGGCUCUAGAUUUUUGCUGCGGAACCUCACGCUGGAGCAUCGAAUUUGCACAAGCCUACCCCGGCUGCGAUGUGAUGGGCACAGAUAUUAGCGACAGAUUGCAGCCAGCUACAACACCGGCGAACUACAAGUUUCAGAUCCAAGACGCGGAGAAGCCGUGGCAACUUGACACUACGUACGACUAUAUCCACGGGCGCGCGCUCGUUGCCUGUUUUGCAGACAAUCGUACUGUGAUCAAGAACGCGUUCCCUCAUCUGAAAUCUGGCGGUUACCUUGAGAUACAAGACGGCAUUGUGCCAUGGCGCGGUGAUGACGACUCGUUCCGUGGCUCCAACUUCGACAAAUGGCAGAAUCUCCUCUGUGAGGGGCUGUCGCAGACAAGCCGUGACCUGAUGGAUGCGAAGAACUGGGGUCGGUAUAUGCGAGAAGAGGGCUUCAAGGAUGUAGUUGAGCAGCACUUCUUUAUGCCGAUCAACCCUUGGGCAAAGGGACAGAGGGAAAAGUUAAUCGGUUUACUUUGCCAAAGAGACUGGGCACUGGCCUUGCCAGAUAUGUCGGUGCCUGUGUUUACGAAGAUCCUAGGCUGGACGAAAGAGCAAUAUGAUAAACUAAUGGAAGGCCUCCUAAGGGACCUUGAGAAUACAGAUAUUCAUGGUUACAUGGAGGUCUAUGUGGCCUACGGUCGAAAGCCAUGA